AUGGCCGGCGAAGUCUCCAGGGGAUAUCAGAAUCUACAAUUACUGUACUCUUUGGGCCGACGAAACGGGUACUCUGAUUCACGGUGUUUCGCCUCAAUGGCUGCUGGGAUCCGUCGUAACCUUUCCGUUGGGAAGAUUUAUGUUGUCAAGUCCUUUGGCUUGAGCAACCCGCUGAAUCAGUAUCGCCCAUGUUCCUUUGAUUUGGCUUUGGGUCUCUCGCUCUCGACUUCCUUUCAGGCCUGUAGUCUUCCUGCUGAGAGUUUUCCUGUUGAUGCGUAUGAGUUUGUGUCUUUCUCCCAGUUGAGUAUGCGUGCUGGUAAUCACCGUUUCUUGACAGAUGUCGUUGGCCGACUCCAUUCUAUCAGUGGGAUAUCGCAUAAAAUCACUAAUAACGGCCCUGCAGUCAAGCAGACGGUUAUCAUCGAGGAUGAAAGUGGGGCGAAUGUUACUAUUACACUCUGGGAUGAGUUUUCAGCGGUGUUGGACCAUGUUGCUCUCACUCAGGCUGACUCGAUUGAAGCUGUGAUUCUUGCAUUUGGUGGCUUGCUGGUUAAUAAGUUGGGAGAUGUGUUCUUUCCUCUGGAGUGCAUGUAUCUUUACAGGGGUUGUGCGAGGAAUGUUGAUGACUAUAUUCUCUCGAGCUCAGCUGGUACACGCAUAGCAGUCAACCCUCCUGUACCAAAGGCUUACUAUCUUGCAUCUAGGUUUGCUGAAAAGCACGAAGUUGUUGAGUCUUUGCCAGUGGAGUUUGCUACAGCUGCUGAUGCUACUGCUGACGCAGAUCGGCGUACCAAGAGUUUGGAUCAGUUGUUGGCCUUGUCUCGAACGAAUUCCUCACUGGAAGAGAAGUAUCGUUGUGAUGGAGUGAUUGUUGAUGUCGAGUCGAGUACUCCUUGGUAUUAUAUUUCGUGCAAGUUAUGGUCGAGAGCUGUUUCAAAGCGUCGAGACAAUACGUGUUGGUGUCCAAAAGAUUGGCAGCUGGAGGAAGAGCAAACUCGAGUCAAUUAUAAGCUCCAACUUACGUUGAGGGAUGACACUUGCGAGGCUCGGUUCAUACUGAUGGGUGGUUGUGCCCAUGCGUUAGUUAAUGUUUCCGCUGCACAUUUGGCCCAGAGGUUUCCUCAUCGUCCUGGUCAGCUGCCCCCGCAGUUGCAUCAAUUGCGAGGGCAAUAUGUGAAGUUUGAUUGUAAGUUACCAUUGCCUGGCCCUACUAGCUUCUCUUUAGGCGAGUUCCGUGUAACUCAGGUUGUCCCGCUUGAUGACCCUACGGUGGUUGGCAAUUUGCUCGAAUUCUCUUCGCAAUCUCCAUUAUCCAGUCCUGCUACUGCUGUUCCGUCUUUGACCAUGGGUGCAGCGAGCGUCGCGGGUGGUUCUUCGACUUCAUCGAGGGUUGCGAAGGGAAAGGAAAAGGUUUCAGGUCCUCUGCUCACCAUGGUAUCAGCAGCCCCGUUUAGUAUCACUGAAGGGGCAGAUGAGGCUGUCAGUACGAUAUUUGAGGAUUUGUAUAUUCCUCCUCAUACAAAUGUCGAAAGCGAAGGUACUGUUGCUGGCCCCCAGAUUCUCGGGGGAUCUCAUUUUUUGGGGAUUAGUGCACAGAUUGUCUCUAAUCCAGCUGCUGCUGCUGUACCCGUUCCUUCUUCAGCCCAGUCCUGUACACCAUCUGCUAGAUUUAUUCCUUCGAUGAUUACCAAGCGUACAUCCAGAAUCGAUGAGUCCGCCAGCCCUGAGGAUGUUAGUCGUGGUUCGUUGACAUCUGCUGCAAAGAUUCUGAAGCCAUCCCCUGAGUCGUCUCCUGGGAAAACCUCUGGUUUAGCCGCUGGCUCUUCGCUUGCAUCAUUAUUGGUUUCUCCACUCGCCAAGGUUAAGGUGGAGAAGUCAGACGAUGUUGAGGCUCCUCCUCUGCCACAAGGCGGUUCCUCACAGGCAGGUGCUGAGAUGGAGGGGGGUUCUCCAGUGGACAGUCAAAAGAACCCAACUGCGAAACGUGCUUUGUUUAAAAGCAAUGCCUCCGAAGAAAAGAAAGGCUCAGUAUCAGACUCUAACACAAUCUUCAAGGGCAAGGAAAUUGCGCUACCAGACUUUGAAACAGUUGGGCUCCAAGAAUACAACGACCCAUAUUUCUUCUCUUGA